AUGAGGAAUAGUCGGUCGUUGUUGCGUGGGGCGACGCCGCGUCGCCGAGAUAGCCGGGCGCCGAGCGCCGAAAAUGAUGGGCACAUAGGAUAUGCUAGCCAUGAUGUUCUGAUUCACUACUUUCGGAGCCAGAAUCUCCUCGAACCCUACAAAUCCUUCAGUCGUACAAUGGACCGAGAGGAAAUCGACCACAUCCUGCGCCGAGGACGCAAACCCACUGAAAAGGCCUGCUAUCCUUGCCACCGGCGCAAGGUUCGCUGCAAUCAUGCCCAGCCGUGCAGCACUUGCCAGAGGCGGGGCCACCCCGAGAUUUGCUCCUAUUCCUUCUCAGCGACCAAGCGCCGUGGUAAACGUCGUCGGGCUGGCGUUGAUAAUGAUUCUCUACAGGCUAUCCCAGUGGCUGGCGGUAACUCUGAAGAGCCCGUAGAUGUCACCUUGCUUACACCGUCUCUCGAACCUUCGGAUAGCCAAUCCAAUGCAGAGAACUCGCUGAGCUUUGGAAAUGGCGAAGAGUCUACACCGGCAGACGAUACAUAUCAGGGGGAUAACUCCAUUGUCUCCAUGCUGCGGCAACGCGCUGUUGAUCCGACAUCAUCCUCCAGGAUUCGAGAUGCGCGCGUUUUUCUUGGCCUCCAAAACUCAGUUAGCAGCGAUCCUCUGUUCACAGUCCCGACGGCUCAGCAGAGAUGGGAGACUUUGGUAAAGCUCUCGCCCCAGAACGAAGAGUUUCACAGACAUACCGCAUAUCCAUUUAUGCCGUUCCUAGUUGAUAUCGACCGCUUUGAGGUCCGUGUCUGUACAUACCUCGAAAGUUGCGCGGCCGGGCAGCUACAGGACAAACUACAUGUUUCGGAAUCUUGGUCGAGUGAUGAGGGAAUUACCUUUGUUGCUCUGCUCCUCGCCAUCCUCUCCUGCGGCUCCCAUUUCUCAUCUCUGCCUAUCACUCGACGAUCCGAGGCAUCCAGGGAUUUUGUGCGACGUGCCUUUCUAGUCCUACAAUUGGCCAACUAUAUGUUACGACCGUCUCUCGAUGCAGUGCAGACCCUAUUAAUACUAGGCAACACUCUGCAAAAUAUUGGUCAAUCCGAUGGUGCUUGGGUGCUCCUAGGGACUACUGUGAGGCUAGCUCAGGCGCUUGGGUUACACACCGAACAUGGUGCUGGCCAUUUAGAACCAGAUAUCAGGAACAGGAGGGCAUUAUGCUUCAUUCAGCUGAUUCUCAACCUCAGGGCUGCCAUUGUAUGGCAGGACUGCUUCCUCAGUGUAUGCCACGGCCGGCCGACAAGCGUUUCCCACAUUCAAGUGCAAAACCUACACCGCAGCAGCACUCCCAGCUCUCCCCUCUCCUACACUGAAGUCAUGCGCUCCAUAGCAUACAUCUGCUUUGAAGUGACGGAGAGUAACCCAGACGCAGAAUGUUCUGUACGUCUCCUGCAAGCAAUAGACGAUUGUAGCUCACACGCCGAACUGUACCUACAAACACGGGACUCGUGUAGGAAUCUACGAGAGCUUCUCGAGUAUCUUGCACUUCAGAUCAAUACCUCAUUUACCAUCUGCUUUUUAUGUCGACCUGCUAUCAGCAAAUCCACCCCAAUAUCGCAGACUGACGCUCAUCGGUUGCUCAUCGUUCGAGCGAAAAAGGGCCUGCAGAAUGUAUUAGAAAGAUUCCUUGAGUUUGAAGCCCUGAGUAUUGUCCCGCUACGCAGCUGGUCAAUGAUUCACUCUACUCUUACAUCCAUGCUACUACUCAGCAUCUGGGAGGAGACACGGGAUGAUUCAAAAUCUCAGGAGCUUCAAAAAAGCGUGCUCGACGUUCUCUUCAGGGCCAGCCAACGCGAUGCCAGCAUAGAUGCAAAUCGAGAGCCUCAUUGGCUGUCUACGAGACACGUCCAGGCGCUGAUGACUCUGCUAGAGACCAUUCGAAACACCCCAUGUCCAACCACAGCUCCUGACCAGGCAUCUCGCAUCUCCAAAGAACAACUGGAUGCUAAUGGAGCCAAAAUUCUGGAAAGUAUCAUGGCUACAGAUCUUUGUCCCAUUUCCGACCAAACAUCCGUCGCGUUCGAUCAAAUUUCUCUGGAUGGUGGCCAACAAUUUCCAUGGAUAUCUACUGAUCUUUCACCCAUUGCAUACGUUGACGAGAUCAUGAAUGUACUCUUCUAUGAUACCACCCAAGUAUAA